GGCCCCGGCGCGGGCGGACGAUGGUGCUGUCGCAGCUGCUGCUCGAGAGUGCGCGCCGGGCGGUCCUCGGGUCCGCCGAGGCUGCGCUCUGGGGUCUGAAGUCAAUAAAGGGGAGCUGUCACAAUUUUUGUACUGCUUCUAAAGCUGUUACUUACACAGAACUUAAAAAACUAUUGAAGUCCAAAAAUACUAUCUUAAUUGAUGUUAGAGACGUACAGGAAGUUCUCGAGCAUGGAAAAAUCCCUGGCUCUGUCAAUAUACCAUUGAAUGAAUUAGAUAAAGCUCUACAGAUGAACCCAAAGGACUUCAAAGAGAAGUACAAUGAAGUAAAGCCAUCCAAAUCUGACAGUCUAGUGUUUUCUUGUUUAGCCGGAGUGAGAAGCAAGAAAGCUCUGGAUAAAGCAUUAUCUCUGGGCUUUAGCAGUGCUCGAAACUAUGCUGGAGGCUGGAAGGAAUGGGCAACCUAUGAAUUUCCAGAGAAGAAGGAAGGAAAAUGAAGUUUGGCAUACAAGCUGAUUGUGUGCACAGGCAGCCUAAGAUAGCAGAAUGAGCAAAAUAAUAAAUACAGUCCUCAAACCACUCGCUAAUGGGAAGAGGAUAUUGUCUAAGUCCAUUUAAAAUUUUUUUUUUCUCAUCUGUAAACUGUGAAUACCUUUAACUCCUUCCUGCCUACUUCCAAAGGCUAUUGAGGAUUGAGAUGAUGUAUGUGAUUUGCCAGUGGAUAUAUAAGGGUUGGGUGGGGUUCUGGGAAUUAAUUUAUAGUUUGGUACAGUUCAAUAGUCUUCCAAAAGACCAGGUUGCUUAUAUUACCUAUUUGUAAUGUGACAUUUGUAUUAGUAUGUCUUCUAUUUAUCAAAGAGCUGGAUUAGUAGAUUAAAAGACUUGAUCGUAAAAUCUUGAACUUAAAUUUUGUUCCCAAGAAUUCUGGAAUCCAGAAAAGUAACUCAAAUGUAAACUAUGAAAACACAUUAAUAGCAUCCAAAGCCUUACAGCAAUUUUGUGACCAGCGAGGUCAUGAUACAAUUCGUAACUUAAAAAAAUUAAUGAGGAGCCUCCCUGGUGGUGCAAGGGAUUAAGACAAUUUAUGAAGCUGUCCACAACCUCUGCAGCGAUCCCCCCAGCCAGCCAGAGAGCAACCAACAUGGCGCAGCAGACCUCUCGUGACUCGCCUGCUGCUCCUCACAGCAGUGUACUUUCGGUCAGUCUGCCUGUUCUGUUUCCUACCCUCUCUCUGGUGAAUCCACUCACCCCCUACCUCUGGCCUGUACCCCAGCUCUUGUAUGCAUAAAUAAAUCUUUGAAAAAAAAUUAACAUGAUCUAUGUGGAUAGAUAGCAGAACAGUAGUUGCUUCUAUGGAGGGAAGGAGAAUACCUGGAAAAGGUAAAGAGGGAAAUUUCUAGAGUGAUGAAAAUGUUCUAACUUUGGUGUUAGCACAUAAUUAAAUGUUUAUCAAAACUCACUGAAAUGAACUUUUUAAGAUUUAUUUAUUUAUUCUUAUAAUAGCUAGGGUACAAGCCAGAGAUGCGGGGGGGUGAGAGAAUUCACCAGAGACAGAGUGGGGAACAGAACAGGCAGAUUGAUAUACACUGCUGAGGGAAGCAGCGGGUGAGACAGGAGAGGUCUGCCUCGCCAUGUGGGUUGCUCCCUGGCUGGCUGGGGAUCGAACUUGUGCUGCAGAGGCAGUGGAUUGCUUCAUAGUGCGGUGCUUAACUCCUUGCACCAGCAGGUAGGCCCCUGAAAUGAACUCUUAAUAAUACACAUUUUACAAUUAAAAAUAAUGAAAAUAGAAAAAACUUUCAAAUGUAAAUACUCCUAAGGCAUGACUAUAUUGGAAUGUUAAAUGUUAUUGUUAGUAUGUUAGUGGACUGGUGAAGUUUUGCCUUUUCACACCCAUCUAUUUUUAAUUUCAUUUAUGUAGUCAUUCAGAUUAUGGAAGGUCUAGCAAGUAACUAUAAGAACUUGGUUUGUCAUAAACAAUUUAAGUCCUCAGUCUGGAGUAGGAAUGUGAUGUGAUCAUCUUGAACUUCUGUUUCUGAUGUCAGUCCGGUUUCUUGCAGACCAAACUCCCGGUAAGAAUUAUAAAAGCUCGGGCCUCCCCGGUGGCGCAGCGGUUGAGCGCUGGGUUGCGAAGCUGCCCGCAGCCACUGCAGCGCCGGUUCGAUCCCCGGCUGCUCCCCGGCCACCAGAGGAGGGUCCCACAUGGCGCGCAGACCUCUC